CCUUCUACAGGUGCUGGCCCUUCCUCCCUCCCGGCUUGGGGGGGCUCUAGCAUCUCUGCUGCCCCCCAUGCCUUCAACUCCCCUCCUUCCCCUCUGCCAUCUGUGCGGUCCCCUCCUUCCUCUCCUGUAUCUUGCAUCUCCCGCCCGCCUCCUCGUCUGUUCACCGAGGAGGAGGUAGCUGCCGCUGCCUCAAGAGCUGCUGAAGAAGCUCUCUCUAGAUACGCUCAGUCUCUUUAUGGGAACACCCUGGGUGCGCCCUUCAUCCUUCAGCCCCCCCCAGGGAGUAUCUCCCAGCCUGGUGGUUACCUGUGUGACUUUCCGCCUCUCAUGCCAUAUGCUCUGGCUCAGAGUUGCUUCUCUCAUGCUCUGCAAUCCCACCAAGCUCCGGUCCAGGGCGCUCUCCUUGAUCCCCAUGCUGUGGGCCACCAUGCCAAGCACAUUGAUAUCAUGGAGUCAGGCUGGCGCACCUACUUCCCUUUAUUCGAGCUCUGUCCUUCCACUGACCUGCUGGUCAAGCGCACUGAGGUAGAGUCUCGUGCAAUGGAACGCAGCCUGUCCUUUGCCAACUUCUGUGAGGCAUCUCAGAACCUCAUCCUGCUCAUCUCCUCCUACCUUGCCUCUCCUGACCGCAUUGCCAUUGCUGCCUCCUGGCAGAAGCACUAUGACCUGAUCUUUGGCCGCCCUGAUGUAUACUCAGCCUUUGCCACAUACCUCAUCUAUGAUGAGUCCCUUCGCAUGGCCUUCCCUAAGCGCUCUGGUGACUUCUACCCCAGCGUAUUCCAGGUCCAUGUGUGGCAGUCCAUCCUUGAUCAGCAGCGUGAGGAACGCAUGGCGAAGUUCAACCAUACAGUGGCUCAAAAAAGUGUCUCAAUGUUUGUGGCUUUUCAUGUAAUUGCUUUCUUAUGA